UGAAACUUCUCUACUUCUCUCUUCUCCUGCAUUUUCACUCUCUUACACGGCCCAGAGUAGAUUCAAGCGAAAGAAACUCGCACGCUCUCGCCGGUAUCCCGCCGGAAGUUAGAUCUCUUCGCCGGCAAGUUUUCUGGACUUAUCCUCCUCUGUGAAACUGAGAUGUAUAACAAUGUUCCCACCCAGCCUGGUGUGUCAAGACCACCGGAAAACUCUCAGCCUAAUCCAUUUGGGAAUUCAUUUUAUGGGGCUGGUUCAGGGCUUAUCCGUGGUGGUUUAGGUGCAUAUGGAGAGAAAAUUUUAGGGUCAAGUUCUGAGUACGUGCAAAGCAAUAUUAGCAGGUAUUUCUCUGACCCUCAAUACUACUUCCAAGUGAAUGACCAAUAUGUGAGGAACAAAUUGAAGGUUGUUCUGUUCCCAUUCCUGCACAGGGGUCAUUGGACAAGAAUAACUGAGCCAGUGGGAGGCAGACUUUCCUAUAAACCUCCAAUUUAUGACAUAAAUGCACCAGAUUUGUACAUCCCUUUCAUGGCAUUUGGUACCUAUGUGGUUCUUGCUGGCUUCUCAUUGGGUUUGCAUGGAAAGUUUAGUCCGGAAGCUCUAAACUGGUUGUUCAUAAAGGGAUUGCUUGGCUGGUUCCUCCAAGUGGCACUGCUUAAAAUAACACUGCUGUCACUGGGGAGCGGUGAGGCACCCUUGCUAGACAUUGUGGCAUAUGGCGGGUACUGCUUCACUGGGUUGUGCUUGGCAGUCAUAGGGCGAAUUCUGUGGGGUUACUCGUAUUACUUUUUGAUGCCUUCGACCUGUUUAUGCAUGGGGAUUUUCUUGGUGAAAACCAUGAAGAGAGUUCUCUUUGCUGAGGUGAGGAGUUAUGAUUCGAGCAGGCACCAUUAUCUCUUGUUGUUUAUAGCUUUGGCUCAAUUCCCACUUUUUACAUGGCUUGGCAAUAUAAGUGUUAAUUGGCUGAUAUAAGACAUCUUUGUUCCAUUUUGUAGUUUGAAAAGGAAAAUUCUGUGUUCAUAAUAGUUUUCAACUUUUGUAAGCAAUUUUAAUUCUAUUCAUGGCGACUGGCAAUUUUUAUGCUCUUAGAUUUAACAAUUAUGAGAAAUUUUCUUUUUGAGUGUA